UGCGGGGGUGAGAGGACUACAAUUCCCAGCGGGCAGUGCGUCAACCGUUGGCGGUCCGGCGCAGCUCCUCGAGUAUCUUUGGUCCGGCGGCUUGAAGCGGCGCGCGAUCGGUGGUGAGCCCGGGAGUCGCGUUAGUCACAGAGGCGAUGGAAGCCUGCUUGGAGCCUGCAAGAGCGAUCAAGGCAAUUGACCGGAAGUCAGUGCACCAGAUUUGUUCAGGGCAAGUCGUGCUAAGUCUCUGCACUGCUGUAAAAGAACUGGUGGAAAAUAGCAUAGACGCUGGAGCUACUAACAUUGAGAUUAGAUUGAAAGAAUUCGGAGCAGACUUGAUUGAAGUAUCGGAUAAUGGAGAUGGAGUGGAGGAGAAAAACUUCAAAGGACUAACAUUGAAGCACUACACAUCCAAGUUACAAGAUUUCUCUGACCUUUUGCAUGUGGAGACAUUUGGAUUUAGAGGAGAAGCCUUAAGCUCCUUAUGUGCUCUGAGCAACCUGUCAAUUGUGACUUGCCACAAGACUGCCAAAGUUGGAACCCGCCUGCUAUAUGACAACGAUGGGCAUAUCAGCCAAAAGAUGCCACAGCCUCGACAGCAAGGGAUGACUGUAAAUGUUCAGCAGCUGUUUAAUACACUUCCGGUCAGACACAAAGAGUUUUUGCGACAUAUUAAGAAGGAGUACAGCAAAAUGGUGCAGGUGCUCCAGGCUUAUUGCAUCAUCUCCACAGGGAUACGGAUCUCCUGCACAAAUCAGGUUGGACAAGGAAAGAAAAACCCUGUCAUUUCCACAAGUGGCUGCUCCUCAUUAAAGGAGAACAUAAGUGCUGUAUUUGGAGCAAAACAGGUAAAGAGUCUUGUCCCUUUUGUUCAACUACCUCCCAGUGAAGCAAUUUGUGAAGAUUAUGGAAUUAACCCUGCUAACAUUCCCGAAAAACUUUACACGAUCACAGGUUUUGUGUCUCGUAGCGAUCAUGGAGUUGGUCGCAGUUCGACUGAUCGACAGUUUUUCUUCAUCAAUCAACGACCGUGUGAUCCAAUAAAGAUUUCAAAGCUUGUAAAUGAAGUAUAUCACAUGUACAAUAGACAUCAAUACCCAUUUGUUGCCCUGAAUAUCUGUGUUGAUUCUGAGUGUGUUGAUGUCAAUGUCACACCAGACAAAAGGCAAAUUCUUCUUCAGGAAGAAAAGCUCCUUCUUGCAAUCCUGAAAACAUCGCUUGUUCAGAUGUACAAUUCUGAUGUCAACAAGCUCAAUGUUAAUCAGAAGUUUCAUCAGAUGACAGUUUUAGACGCCUCUGAGAAAGCUCCCCAGGCAGUAGGUUCGGAGCCCUUUAUUCACGACGAACAGGAAGCUGCUCCUGUGCAUUCAGAGAGGAAUAUAAGUAUUGCCAGAUUACGUGAGUCGUUCUCCCUACAGCAGUCCUUGUCCUGCAGAUCAAAGUGCAGCGACAAGCAGGGUCUGCCACUGCAAAGGAAGCUGCAUGCGUUUUUGACCAGUUGUAAGCGGAGCAGCGCUCAAUGUGGCUCCCAUGACGAGUUGCCACCCAGAACCCCCGACCAUUUGGAGAGAGACUGCAAAAGUUCUGAGAGUGAAACAGAUUCUGGAAAAGGCAGCACACCAUACUCGUUGAUUGGAAGUAGCACAUCAGAAGAUAACACUCCAGCCAAAUCUAGCGUCUCCUCUGACAGUGCAGCUAGCUCGCCCAUUGCACUGCUGAAUUUUGCAGAAGCUCAGAAAAGAGAUGAUGAGCUGAAAACUGUAGCAACAAUCUGUGAUGUGCUUAUGUCAGAGUGCACAGAGAGAGCUAGUUCAACCGGAAGUUGCAGCCAACCGCUGGAGUUUUCCCAUUUAUAUGAUAACUCUUUCCAGGGUCCAAAACGCUCCAAGGUUGAAGGGCUGUGUUUAGGUGUUGGUUUGUCUUUGGGUCUCGGACCUUCUGAGAAAUUGGAUGUUGAUAGACCAGUAGAAAUUAGUAAAAAGACUGUGGAGUUCCCAUUUUCCAUGAGCUGCCUUGCUGAAAAGAUGAAGCUGAUCGGUAUGCAGCAAACGCAGCAGGAAGAGGCUCAGAGACGUAGGCGAUUCCGUGCCCAGAUUAAUCCUGGAGACAAUCAAGCAGCAGAAGAGGAACUCCGAAAAGAGAUCAGCAAAGACAUGUUUGCAACCAUGGAGGUUCUUGGCCAGUUUAACCUGGGAUUUAUUAUUGCCAAGCAUGGAUCGGACUUGUUCAUUGUCGACCAGCAUGCCACUGAUGAGAAGUACAACUUUGAGAUGCUGCAACAGCUCACCGUUCUCCAAGGUCAAAAGCUGAUAGCACCGCAAAAUCUUUAUUUAACAGCAGUGAAUGAAACUAUACUGAUGGAAAACAUGGACAUCUUCAAAAAGAAUGGAUUUGAAUUUAUUAUAAACGAGGAAGCACCUCCCACAGAGAGAGUGAGACUGGUUUCUUUGCCAAUGAGCAAGAACUGGACGUUUGGUGCACAAGAUAUCGAGGAGCUGAUUUUCAUGUUGAGCGAUAGCCCAGGUGUCAUGUGUCGGCCCUCCAGAGUGAGACAAAUGUUUGCUUCCAGAGCCUGCAGGAAAUCAGUGAUGAUUGGGACUGCGCUUACUGUCAAUGAGAUGAAGAAGUUGGUUACGCACAUGGGUGAGAUAGAACAUCCCUGGAACUGUCCGCAUGGACGCCCAACCAUGAGACAUCUAAUUAACCUGGACAUGAUAUCUGGGGAAUGAUUGAUUGUACUUAGACCAUGUCUAUCAAACAUUGAGUUAUAGAAUAGCUACAUUGGUGCUUGCUGUUCAAUCUGCAUUUCUAUAAAGGAGAAUGCUAAAGGAAUCAGCAUCAAACAGGGUCUCAACGACAUUAUAUGUUGAGAGAGGUAUCACUGAUACACUACUAUGGUAGGAACCUGGCUAAGUUGGAAACUGCUGCCCUCACUACUGUUGUUGGCUGAGUAGUACAGACAUUAGUGUGGAGAUCAGGCCUACAUUCUGGCCAGCGGGGUGGGUCUGGGUGUUGUGGGACUGAGCCCCACCAUUGAGCACGAGGCAUCUGUACUCUUCAUCCCGGCUUGCUCAUCACUAGUCCUCACAGGCAGCCUCCUAACAUCAAGCCAUGAAGGGAUUCCUUGCUGUGGUGUGUUAGCAAAGGCAUAGGGAUUGGUAUAAGAGUCGGGAGGGUAGGUGUUUGUGGCAGCUUCCCACUGCAGUAAAGAGGAUGGGUAUCAGCAUCAGCUUUCCAGCCUAGCAGCUCACGACUUGAGCAGGUGUCUUUUUAAAUGCAACAGGAUGCUAUCUGUGAGUGUUCAGACUGGAAGACCAAAACGCUAUAAUGCUCAGCAGAAUAGCGUUAAGUGGGGUACCAGAACAUAUUAUUCUCAAAGUUGGAGCAUCAAACUCAAUUGUAUUGUACAGUAGCAAAUUACCCUCUUUUUGGAAUAACAUUGUAAAAGGUUUAUCAAUAUUUUAGUAAUGGAAAUGCCAAAUACCUGUUUCAUUUCUAUUAAAAUUUUAAUUUAAAACAAAAU